GGAAUCUCCAUAUGCUGUGGGUGUGGCCCUAAAAAGGACAAAAAGACAAAAAAAAAUCAAUUAAUGAUGGAUAAAAAGAUGAACAUAUAUGUGAUAAAGCAGAUUUAGCAAAAUGUACUUAAAGGCAGUUGCUGGGCAAUUCUUCCAACUUUUUAUACAUUUGAAACUUUUCAAAAUACAAUUUUGGGUAGGUGUUCCCUUGUGGUGCAGCAGGUUAAGGAUCUGGUGUUGUCACUGCAGUGGCUUGUGUUUGAUCCCUGCCCCGGAAACUUCCAUAUGCUGUGGACAUGGCCAAAAAAAAAAAAUAUAUAUAUAUAUAUAUAAAAUUCUGGGUAAAAUGCAAGUAAUCCUAGAGAUGACCAUACUCCUGGGAAAAAAAAUUACUCCCUUGUUAAUAUAAAUAGCAGCCCCUCUCCCACUUCCUUACUCCUCCUAGCUUUAGUCUUUCUUCCUGGGAAGCCAUUUGAUUAAAAAGGAUCUGGAGUGAGCUUGGCAUGGGGUGAGCUAAUGCUUUAUGCCAGGGCUUUGUAUUCUUCCUGAUAGGUAAUUUUCGCAAUAGUCAUAUACGCUAGUUAUUAUUUUCUGCAUUUUAUGAGGAAACUGAGGUGCAGAGGGAAAAACUUGAUCCAAGUCAGCAGGUAAUAAUCUUAGUCUUACAGCAUUUAUGGAGCCCUUACUUGAUGUGUCAGGCUUUGUGCCAUGUACUUUACAUGCAUCAACUCAUUUGAGCCUCACCAAACCCAAGGAGGUAGGUGCCAUCAUCUUCAUCUUACAGACCAGGAAAUGGAGACACAGAGAAGUGCCAGACUGCAUCCCUCUUUCCUCUAGAAGCCAGAAAAUGGCAGAGCCCAUGUUUGAACCUGGUCUGCUUUAGAGUCCUGGCCCUACUACUCAAACCCAGGCCUUGGCCUAAUUAGUAAAUCAGCAUACUUUGUGGAAACCUCUUGUUCUGAGACCACAAGCUCUUUGAAGACAAUGGUUCGUUCAGCACCGUCAUUCUCAGUGUUCAGAGCAGUGUCUGGAACAAUGACUAUUAAUUGGAUGAAAGCGUACAUGAAUGGUGGCUUCUCAUCACUUCUUUCUUCACCCCAUCUGCCCCUCACCGUGCUCCGAACUUCCCUAACUGGCCAUCUUUUGGCUGCCCUGGCCUCGGUCCUUGGAGAUGGACAUGCCCAUUUCUUCCAUAUGGUUAUGGGCCAACAUGGCUCAUUUGGUGGCCAGGGAGGAGUUCCAGUCAAGGCGUGUUUUCCUCAUUGGCCUUAAAUUGUCAAAGACAAGCAUAAAAGUAGUAUCCACUGGCAAGGAAAAAAUGGGAACAAAAACCAAAUACUUAACAUUUUGCCGUACUUUCAGGGAGUCUUUAAAUUGUGGCAACUAGAAAUUAACAACAGGACCCGUAAUGGCCACAAGCUUUUAUUCUAUAGCUGUAUUUGACUCUUGGGCUGCAGUAAUGAACAGGUAGACACUAGCAAUUAGUUCUCUUAAAUGUGCCAAAUAUGUUGAUAAUUAUACUUUACACGUAUACAGAACUUAGUUUACAAAGAGCCGCAUCUCUUCUCUCUAUUGAUCUUCUGAACAUACGCAGGGCAGGUAUGAUUAGCCCCACUUUGCAGAUGAGGAAACUGGUGCCAUAGUGGUUAAAUCACCUGUGCUACAUCCCUCAGGUAACAGUGGUAGGGAUAGGACUUUAACCCUCUUAUCUCUUAUCUUAUCCAGCAAAUUUUCCAUGUCUGGAUUGUACUUAACCCAGCAGUUUCCGGGGAUGAGCACAACCAGUGGAUGUAUUUUUGUUGUUGUUGUUGUUGCUCCUUUUCCAAUCGGGUGAGGUCCUGGAUUGGGUGAGUUAGUCUUUUUUUGACAUCAGUUUACCAAUCUGUGUAAUGGGAUGUAAACACCACCCAUCAGUGAGUGAAUCUUUUUUUGACAUCAGUUUACCAAUCUGUGUAAUGGGAUGUAAACACCACCCAUCAGUGAGUGCACUUAGAGCAGAGGAGGUUGUGAGCAUUCAGAACUUCAAAAACAAUUUCUGAGGGAAGAUGUUUGGAAGGGACUUUGAUGUCUCUGAUUCAUUUUCCAUAAAAUGAAUUAAAUGGUACCUUCCCUGGUCACGCUAAAAUGGCAUCUCUGUUACUUCAUUAUCCUGCAUCCUGUUUCUUCACAGCAUCCACUGCCAUUUAUUAUAUAUUUGUUUGUUUAUGGCAUGUCUGAAUCCUCCCACCCAAAUGUGAUAGCCUUGAGAGCAGGGAUUUGGUUUUCCUGCACCCCUGAAUCGCUAACAGGUUGGAACCGUGCCAGGCACAAACAACCAUUUGCUGAGUGAAAGAACAAAGAAGUGAAUCUGAGCUGUGUAAUGAUUGAAAGUAAGCUUGAUAUUUGGAUGAUUGAAAAAAAUCUGCUUGAGUGUUCCUUGCUGUCUAACAGAGGGGUCUUGGUCUGGCUUUCACAGAUCCAUUUCUGUGUCAGCCAUCCAGUGGCUUAAAACCAAUCACUAAAGCCUUGAGUACCAAUUCAUACCUGGGUGAAAUGGGUUCAAUAACCCAGGUCCAUGCAGCAGACAUAGGUCGUUGUAUUGCACUGUGUGCCUCUGCAUUGAAUUGGCCUGGGAGCAGCUUGAGGCCUGGGGCUGGUCUCCUUCACUGUUCAGUCCCAAGUACUUAUUUAUCAUAGAGCCUGGCCCUCAGAGAGGUAAAAGACAUGUUUGCUGAAUGAAUGAAUAUAUAGAGGAAACAAGCACAGGGCUCUUAAUCCCCCUCAAAGCUAAGGUCUCCAUUUGAGAAGAAGCUUGGUUCAUGGCAAACACAUUACUCUUUCAACUAAAAUCAAAUCUCUCCAGAGAUAAGGAGGCACUAAAUAACUGGUGUCCUAACCCACUGCAAGGAAAGGCAAACCUAGGCUCCAGAUCCAGUUCCAUGCCAUGUUUUGGAAUUUGUGUUUACGUCUGCCUUCAUCCCCAUCCUUUCCGCUCUAGCAUAAGCAAAAUUAUAACCCCGCACACUGACUUGCAGGCAAUUAUCAGAGCCCUGGUGCUCCUCCGUUGAGGGACUUCGCCCCCGAGACCGCUGACUGUAUGUGAAUAACAAAUCAAAAGUCAGGGUUGCAGAAUCAGCCGGACUUUCCCGCUCCUUUGCAGCAGAGGGAGGAAGCAGAGAAUGAAAGAUUCUGAAAAUAAAGAAAAUGUGGCCCAUCUUCUGAGAGACUCAGCACUCCACCAAGCACCAAGAACAAACCACCUCAUUCCUGAGAAAUAUGGUGCCUCGUCUCCAGACAUGGAGCCCAGCUAUGGGGGAGGUCUCUUUGACAUGGUGAAGGGCGGAGCAGGGAGGCUCUUUAGUAACCUAAAGGACAACCUGAAAGACACCCUCAAAGACACCUCUUCCAGAGUUAUACAGUCUGUUACCAGCUACACGAAGGGAGAUUUAGACUUCACUUAUGUUACCUCCAGAAUUAUUGUGAUGUCCUUUCCUCUGGACAGUGUUGACAUAGGAUUCAGGAAUCAGGUUGAUGACAUUCGAAGCUUUUUGGAUUCCAGACAUCUUGACCACUACACGGUGUACAACCUGUCGCCCAAGUCUUAUCGAACAGCCAAGUUUCACAGCAGGGUCUCAGAAUGCAGCUGGCCCAUCAGGCAGGCCCCCAGUCUGCACAACCUCUUUGCUGUGUGUCGGAAUAUGUAUAACUGGCUACUACAGAAUCCCAAAAACGUCUGUGUUGUCCACUGCUUGGAUGGACGGGCAGCAUCAUCAAUUCUGGUUGGUGCUAUGUUCAUUUUCUGUAAUCUGUACUCUACUCCUGGCCCAGCUGUUCGACUGCUCUACGCAAAGCGACCAGGAAUCGGACUUUCGCCAUCCCACAGGAGGUACCUGGGCUACAUGUGUGACCUUCUGGCGGACAAACCUUACCGUCCGCACUUCAAGCCUCUCACAAUUAAGUCGAUCACUGUCAGUCCAGUUCCUUUCUUCAACAAACAGAGAAAUGGAUGUCGCCCUUACUGUGAUGUACUGAUUGGAGAAACCAAAAUAUAUACAACCUGUGCCGAUUUUGAACGAAUGAAAGAAUACCGUGUCCAAGAUGGGAAAAUCUUUAUUCCCUUGAGCAUCACUGUGCAAGGAGAUGUGGUCGUUUCCAUGUAUCACUUGAGGUCAACCAUUGGAAGCCGGCUGCAGGCUAAGGUGACCAACACUCAGAUAUUCCAGCUUCAGUUUCAUACUGGGUUUAUUCCACUGGACACAACAGUUUUAAAGUUCACCAAGCCUGAGUUGGAUGCGUGUGAUGUGCCAGAAAAAUAUCCUCAGCUAUUUCAGGUGACUCUGGAUGUAGAACUACAGCCCCACGACAAAAUGAUAGACUUAACCCCACCGUGGGAACAUUACUGCACGAAAGAUGUCAACCCCAGCAUCCUCUUCUCUUCUCACCAGGAGCACCAAGAUACUCUGGUCUUAGGAGGACAGGCUCCAAUAGAUAUUCCUCCAGACAACCCCAGACAUUUUGGGCAGGGUGGCUUCUUUUCCACUCUGUGUUGGCAAGAUCAGAAAUCAGAGAAAUCCUUCUGCGAGGAGGACCAUGCUGCCCUAGUGAAUCAGGAAAGUGAGCAGUCGGAUGAUGAACUUCUGACGCUGUCCAGUCCGCAUGGCAAUGCCAACGGCGACAAAGCUCACGGAGCCAGAAAGCCCAGCAAAAAGCAGCAGGAGCCAGCAGCCCCUCCGCCCCCUGAGGAUGUGGACCUUCUGGGUCUGGAAGGGUCUGCAGUGAGUAAGAACUUCUCUUCGCCGGCGGCUCCGCCCACCAACUCCGAACUUCUCAGUGACCUGUUUGGGGGUGGAGGCGCGGCCGGCCCCGCACAGGCGGGCCAGUCGGGGGUGGAAGACGUGUUUCAUCCGAGCGGACCGACGUCCACCCAGUCGACCCCACGCCGGUCGGCCACCUCCACCUCCGCAUCUCCAACGCUAAGAGCCGGAGAAGGGGCAGCGUUUGACCCCUUUGGAGGACCUUCUAAGCCAUCCGGUCAAGAUUUGCUGGGUUCUUUUCUGAACACAGGCAGUGCAUCCAGUGACCCAUUUCUUCAGCCCACGAGAAGUCCUUCACCUACAGUGCAUGCUUCGAGUACACCUGCUGUGAACAUUCAGCCAGAUGUCGCAGGAGGUUGGGAUUGGCAUACUAAACCAGGAGGUUUUGGAAUGGGAAGCAAGUCAGCUGCCACCAGCCCAACUGGCUCGUCGCAUGGUACUCCCACCCAUCAGAACAAACCCCAGACUCUGGAUCCUUUUGCCGACCUUGGGACAUUAGGUGGUUCUUCAUUUGCCAGCAAGCCCUCCACACCAACUGGAUUGGGUGGAGGCUUUCCACCCCUCAGCUCCCCACAGAAAGCAUCUCCCCAGCCUAUGGGUGGAGGGUGGCAGCAGGGAGGUGGCUACAACUGGCAGCAGACACAGUCUAAGCCUCAGCCCAGCAUGCCCCACGCUUCUCCCCAGCACCGGCCCAACUACAACGUGAGCUUCUCAUCCAUGCCUGGGGGCCAGAACGAACGUGGGAAAGGAUCAGCUAAUGUGGAAGGGAAACAAAAAGCAGCUGACUUUGAAGACCUACUCUCUGGUCAAGGUUUUAAUGCCCACAAAGACAAAAAGGGGCCUCGAACAAUAGCUGAGAUGAGAAAGGAGGAAAUGGCUAAGGAGAUGGAUCCUGAGAAACUAAAGAUCUUGGAAUGGAUUGAAGGCAAAGAGAGAAAUAUCAGAGCCCUUCUGUCCACGAUGCACACCGUGCUGUGGGCUGGGGAGACGAAGUGGAAACCAGUUGGCAUGGCAGACCUGGUCACGCCAGAGCAGGUGAAGAAGGUGUACAGGAGGGCUGUGCUGGUGGUGCACCCAGAUAAAGCUACCGGGCAACCCUAUGAACAAUAUGCGAAGAUGAUUUUCAUGGAGCUCAAUGAUGCCUGGUCCGAAUUUGAAAAUCAAGGCCAAAAGCCCUUGUAUUAGUUUAUGAGCUUUUCCAUCUUUGCUGCAGAUCUGUGCUAAUGCCUAGUGUGUGUCACAGUUCUGAGGUUUUUCACAGGUGAACCAAAAACUCCAGCAACGUGUAGGUAAUACUAAACUGUUAAGUUCCUUGCGAAUUAAUUCCUCAUUGGUAAGGAGGUUUGUUUUCUCAAGUCCCCAACAUAAAAGGACCAAAGCAGGGAAGAACUUUUAGUUAGAUGACCUUGCAGAGUUUUGCCACAUUCCAGCCUGCCCUUCGAGGAGCCUGCUCAGUAUCAGUAUUGGGGGGUGGGGGAUGGAAAAUAGAGGCCCCCAAAGGCAUAACACCCAUCUCGUGGUCUGGGAUAGGAUUAAUGAGCAAAAGUUGCAAUGAUAGGAUUAUGGGAUGGAUUUUUAACUAAUGGUUUUUAGAUUUUCUUGGAAAGAUGUAAUUUAAAUAACUCCAGGAGCAUUACCACUAAGUAUUUUUUUUUAGUGGAAAUUGCCCAUGGCCUAUAGCAUAAUAUCGUAUGCUUGUUUUGGUCAAGAUGAGGGCUGACAGGUGUAAAAGAACAUGCAUGGGGAGACGUGAUUAUCCUACAACCCAGGGAUUCCUACCCACACUUCUUGGAUAUGCUGAAAGGUAGUGAAAAUGCUGACUAAAGAAAACCUGGACCCUGAGGAUGUAGGAAUCUGUAUUCCUGGUCAGAAAGUUGGACUGCUGCCUUCUUUUCCCUUUAGAAAACUCAUGGUCGCUUGAAGAAAAAGUCUUUAAUCCCCUAACAACUCUACUUCUAAUUUUGCCAUAAGGCUUCCGUUCUUCCUUUGGCUCAGCAGAGAAAACGCUCUUCGCUGGGAGCAGGUUUUAAAGCAGUUCCGCACGUUCACAAUGGAUCGGGGUGGGGGGGUGUCUCAUAGGAACCCAUGGUCCUCCAGGUUUGUGAGCGGUUGUGGGAAGAGAACAGAUGACAACACUGACUAUUGGUCACCAGACUCGGCAGUUGCAGUCAGAGAGCUGAUCUUAUGUCUGAUGGCUUGUCAGGAUUGGCCUUUUUGAGGGGCCAGGUUCCUCUUCUCACCCGAUGAAAUUCGACCCCUGAAGUCAUGACAGUGGCGUUUAUUUAAAAGUUGUUGGGGGUCUACUGGAACAUCGCUGACACAGGGACAUCCACAGAAAGCAAAGCAAGAAUGAAACCUUUGUAGACUUCACACGGGUUGGAUUUCAGUUCAGUGCUCUGACUGUUUCUCAUUUUGAGGGGUAAGCAGUUGUUCCCCGUGACGUUAGUAGAUCGUUUUGGGUGUGUGUAUAUGCAGGGGUGCAGGGGGUAUGUAUGCAAAGCAGGUGGGCAAAAAGAUUUCCAUGCUAAUCUGAAAAGGUUCAUGCUCAAUAUUGUGUAAAGCUUUCAAAGGUUGUUUUUCAAAGACAAUCAUUUUUGUUUCUAUUUUUCUUAUUGCAAACUCUACUGGAAAAGCAGCAUGUCAAAAAUAUUUUAUGUUCUCUACACAACUCUGCUUUUUUUCUCUUCUUUGUCCCUUUCUUCUUCUAAUUCUUUUUUUUUUUUGAUUAAAAGAUUCAUUAUUUAUGUUAUGGUUUGCUGACAAUGUGAAACUCACAGAAAAUGUUCUCUUUUUAAAUAUACAGCUGCAAACUGUUCAAAGGAACCAUAAAAAAAAACCCUAGGUGUUAUUUAUUAACAUAUUAUAAAAUAAUGUUUGAUGCAGUAUGUGCUUGUCUUAUGUAAAACUGGAAUGUGAGACACGUUGCUGUGACUUUUUUUUCUCAUUCACAUUUGUAGAUAUUGUGUGAACUACAGUAUAUAAUGAUAAUAAUUAAAAGGCUAUGUGAAUGUCACGUACAUUUUGAAAUGAUAGAACUAUAUUAGCUUUGUAUCAUGUUUGGAUAAUUCAUCAAUGUUCACAGUUUAAAACAUCAUUAAACAUUAUAUAAUUAGCAAUGAGAAAGAAUCUUACCUAACUUAAAUUUGGGAUGUUCCCUGUCUCUUCUCCAGAUACAUUAUAAUUCUGGACCUCUAUUUAUCUCAAAACUCUUAACAUGUGCAGACCAACAGGUUUUUGCAUUCCUUUUAAAUAUCUUGGUUGUGACAGAGCUUGUUGUUGAUCAGAUUCACUGUUUCAUUCAUAUUUAUUGUAAUAUAUUUUUUGUUUUGUAAAUAUGUUACACUCAAAAUGUGAUCGGUCUAAAAUAUUUGUAAUGUAUAUUAAAAGGCUCGAAAAUAUUUGUAGAAAUGUAAGUUAUUUUUGCACCCAGGAAUAUGAUGACAAGCUUGAAUUAUACUUUCUGACAUGAUUCACUUUUACGAAAAAUUAUGAGGAAAGAAUAUGAAAAACCUAUAAUACAUUUGCACCAAAACAUAA